UCGUGUGUCACGGGGCGGGGCGGGGCGAUCGCGGUGUUCCCGGCCUGGCGUCCUGGUUCCGCAGCCCCCCGCCGCCUCCACUGCCCCGGCGCGGCCCGGCCCGGCCCCAUGUAUCGUGCGCUCUACGCGUUCCGCUCGGCGGAGCCCAACGCGCUGGCGUUCGCCGCGGGCGAGACCUUCCUGGUGCUGGAACGCAGCAGCGCGCACUGGUGGCUGGCAGCGCGGGCGCGCAGUGGCGAGACGGGCUACGUGCCGCCCGCCUACCUGCGCCGCCUGCAGGGCCUGGAGCAGGAUGUCCUCCAAGCCAUUGACCGGGCCAUUGAGGCGGUGCACAAUGCAGCCAUGCGGGAUGGUGGCAAGUACAGCCUGGAGCAGCGCGGGGUCCUUCAGAAGCUGAUCCACCAUCGGAAAGAGACCCUGGCCCGCAGAGGCCCCUCAGCCCCGAGUCCCGCAGCUAUGACCGCGUCCUCCAGUGACCACCAUUUGGAUGCUGCUGCUGCCAGGCAGCCCAAUGGGAUGUGUCGAGCUGGCUUCGAGUGGCAGCACAGCCUGCCCAGUUCCGAGUAUCUCGGGGCAGAUGGAGGCCUCUACCAGAUCCCACCACAGCCUCGCCGAGCAGCGCCCGACACGCCACCCCCGCCUGUGAAGCGCCGAGACCGGGAGGCCCUGAUGGCCCCAGGAAGUGGCGGCCGCAACACCACGCCCUCCGGGGCCAGUUCUGUGUCCAGUGGCUCCUCAGUCAGCAGCACCUCCCUUGACACGCUAUGUACCGGCUCUAGCUCGUCUGAGCUGGGCCCCAGCUGCUCACCCACGCCCCCGCCCGUGCCCCGCCGAGGCAUCCAUACCACUGUGUCCCAAGCUCAGCCCCCUCCCUCCAAGGUGCCAGCCCCCGAGCCCCCUCCAGAGGAGGUGGCGGUUGAUACAACCUCAGCCUCUGAUGAGCUGGAGGCCCUGGGUGCACUGAGCCUGGGGACCACAGAGGAGAAGGUGGUGGCUGAGACUGCCGUGCCCAGGACCAUCGGGGCAGAGCUGAUGGAGCUCGUGCGGAGAAACACUGGCCUGAGCCACGAGCUAUGCCGUGUGGCCAUUGGCGUCGUGGUGGGUCACAUCCAGGCCUCCGUACCGGCUAGCUCGCCUGUCAUGGAGCAGGUCCUCCUCUCGCUGGUAGAGGGCAAGGACCUGAGCACUGCCCUGCCCUCAGGGCAGGUCUGCCAUGACCAGCAGCGGCUGGAGGUGAUCUUUGCAGACCUGGCUCGGCGGAAGGACGAUGCCCAGCAGCGCAGCUGGGCCCUGUAUGAGGACGAGGGUGUCAUCCGCUGCUACCUGGAGGAGCUGCUGCACAUUCUGACCGACGCAGACCCGGAGGUUUGCAAGAAGAUGUGCAAGAGAAACGAGUUCGAGUCUGUCCUGGCCUUGGUGGCCUACUACCAAAUGGAGCACCGGGCGUCACUGCGGCUGCUGCUGCUCAGGUGCUUCGGCGCCAUGUGCAGCCUGGACGCGCUCGUCAUCUCCACCCUCGUGUCGUCUGUGCUGCCUGUGGAGCUGGCCCGGGACAUGCAGACAGACACGCAGGAUCACCAGAAGCUCUGCUACUCGGCCCUCAUCCUGGCCAUGGUCUUCUCCAUGGGGGAGGCAGUGCCCUACGCGCACUACGAGCACCUGGGCACGCCCUUCGCCCAGUUCCUGCUGAGCAUCGUGGAGGACGGGCUGCCCCUGGACACCACAGAGCAGCUGCCGGAUCUGUGCAUGAACCUGCUUCUAGCGCUCAACCUGCACCUGCCAGCCCCUGACCAGAACGUCGUCAUGAGCGCCCUGAGCAAACACUCCAACGUCAAGAUCUUCUCCGAGAAGCUGCUCUUGCUUCUGAACAGAGGGGACGACCCCGUGCGCAUCUUCAAACACGAGCCGCAGCCGCCGCACUCCAUCCUCAAGUUCCUGCAGGACGUGUUCGCCAGCCCAGCCACAGCCGCGAUCUUCUACCACACAGACAUGAUGGCGCUCAUCGACAUCACUGUGCGCCACAUCGCGGACCUGUCACCCGGAGACAAGCGGCUCUCGACGGCCAGCUCUGGGCCAGGCACAGCUGCGCGUGGAGUACCUGUCCCUGAUGCGCGCAGUGAUCCGCUCCACGCCCUACCUGCAGCACCGCCACCGGCUCCCCGACCUGCAGGCCACCCUGCGGCGCAUCCUGAACGAAGAGGAGGCCUCACCGCAGGGCCAGAUGGACCGCAUGAUUGUCCGAGAGAUGUGCAAGGAAUUCCCCGUGCUGGGCGAGGACCCCAGCUAGCGCCUCCCUUCCCUCCCUUCCCUGCAGCCCUGGUCGGGGUGCAGGGGACGCGGAGGCGUGGCCCUCAGAAUGUUUUGCACAGACGGGGUGGGGGAGGUGGUGGUGGAGGGACCUGAGCAGGGCUCCCCCCUCCCCGGAAGUAGAGCCGAUGCGAGGGGCCAAGUGCAGGAUUGGGGACCACGCCCUGGGAGCUCCGCUGGGGCAGAGGGCCUGUGUGAGCUGAAGCCCCUCCAUCUCCCGGUAGGCUGCCUCUUCAGCAUGCCCCCUCCCCUCAGAUCAGAUGCACACUCAGAGUCCUGCUGCUACUCCAGGCUGGGCCAGAGCCCCCCAUCCCUGCCCUGCCUAGUCUGGGUCCCGGGCCUCAGCAAGCCACGUCGUUGGGGUCAGGGGAGGCGCCACCCACCAGCUCUGUUCUUUGCCUUAGCUUCGCAGUGAGUGCUGCUCAUGUGCCCCCCCCGCCGUGGGGGUCGCUUUCCCUUGCUCCCACCCCCAGAGGUCUUUGCCAAGCAGCUGCUUCGAGCACAGAAUCUUAGAGACGGGCCAUCUAUUCUGGAGCGCCACCGAAUAGGGUGAUGGCACUGAGAAAGCCAACGACAGAGUCUAUUUUCUCCGUAAAAACAGACUGAAAAGCCAUGUGUAUUUUCCCGUGUGCUGUAGCUCACCUUCGGAAAUAAAUCACAGGCAUCCGGAAACGGGCUGUGUGAUCAGCAACCCCGCCUGAUCCUGGGUUGGGGUGGGAGAGGAUGGGCAGGGGUGCUGGGGCCUCAGGACCUUGUCGCUUGCUUGCUCUGACCUCUCCAGAGUGAGGAGGGGAUGGUCCCUAACAGGCCUGUCCAUCAAGGUCCCUUGAGCCCUGUUCCAGCCUCUCUCCCCGAGUUCCCAUUUCUCCCGGGCCACAGCUAAGCCAGUGAGUGCCCCGCCACCUGUUGGCAGGUGACUGUCCUUGCCGACCUCACUUCUCCCGUGUUGAAACCCUACCCUUCGUAGCUGUUCUCCAGUGAAGCGGGCCCCACCGCAGCCCCUGCCUCCCUGCACGUGCAGGCCCUGCCCGGCUUGGUCGCCUUCCUCGUUUGUCAGUGGGUCCAACAAGAUCCCCUCAUUUUGCAGCCUCAGAGAUUUUACCCUACAUUACAGUAGGGCAAAAAGAGUAUCUCAACAGGCGUGGGGUUCAGUUUGCACUCCUGUUGGCGGACAGUCGGGGACCAUCUGGGAAAAGCUUCAUUUUCCUUGCGGGCUCCCAAGUUAACGAAGGCUUGCGCCAUAAAUGGCGGAGGGUCCAGAGCCCACAGGCAGACCCCAGUCAGAAGUAGUUUUCAUUAGUCCCCUCUGCUUUUCACCCAGGACAAUCCUUCGCGACACAUCUGCACGUCCAAAAUUACUGACACCGUGACGUCCAGUCACGACUUUUCCUUUCUCACUGGGGUGCUGAAGGCCAAGGGCUGUUUUGCUCUUUUUCCAACAGGACCAUAAUGCAGCAAGAAACACAAAAGAGGCCAGGGCGGGGGUGGGGGGAGUCCCCCAGACACACAGGUCCUUGGGAAGCUGAGGCAAGAACGUUUGACGGAACUCACGGAAGCAAAGCCCAGGAGGCUGAUGGGGAGAUAUACUUGCUUAACUCUUGAUUCUCGGGUUAGGCACACAGGCUCCCCUGCUGGACCUGAAGAUGGGCUGACAGAAUGCCCCCCCCCCCAGUAGAACUGUGGGGCACAACCUGGUCACUCCUCUUCACCCCAGGGCGUUCUGCCUUUCCAUUCACAUCCAGAGUCAAUGACAUGGCCUUCGAGGCACGACUCCUUCCUCACUGGAGAGCUGAAAGCAGAGAACCAUGAUGCUCCUCCUGAGCUAGUGGAAUUCUGUGAAAAGCGCAGGUCCCUGAGGAAGCCGAGGCAGGACCAUUCGGCAGCCUCCGUGCUUUGCUCUGUUGCCUAUCGUGAUGCACACGCACGCUGGAAGGGCAGGGCUGUGCUGGGCCGUCUGUCCCAGUGCUGGUACCCAUGGUGAGCGAAGUAUAACCCCGUGGCAGGGGGAGCAGAAGCCCCGGCCAGUUUGUGCACAGUUGUCCAAGGGGCCCUGGCGUGUGUUUGUAAGGGACACAAGAGCCCCUGUUGACUGAGCUAAGUACUGGCCUCUGGCGGCAAACGUGCUCUGAGAGGAUCCAGAAUUCUGAGACCCCCUCAGCAAACAUCUUGGUGGUGCUCUCAGAACACAGAAUUACAACCAUAAGGGGAAAUGAUGAUGAGCCAGAGAAUUCCUCAGGGAGGGAUCGAUCUCUGCAAGAACACCCAUUUGGCUGCUUGGAAGGAUGGUAAAUGUGGGAUGCGGUGAGGCAAGAAGGCAGAGACAACUAGGCCACUCAAAUGGGAGUGUAAGGGGGGGCGGCGAGGGGGAAAAAAGAUUCUGAGGGGCAAUGAGGGAUGGGGGUUGGGAUGAGCUCUGGGGUAGAAGCGGGUACGUAAAGGUGCUGGCACCUAAUCUCUUGUGGGACGAGCACCAGGGACCACAGGCUACCCAUGCAUCCGGCAACUCCAGAGUAAGGUGGUGGGUGAAGAUCACAUGCCUGCUUGGUCCCCGAAAGAUACAGAGGCUUCAAGUAGGUGAAAACAAUCUUUUUUUCCUCUUGUUUUUAUGGGAGAAUAACAACCAUGAAAAGUACGGUAUACAGAGAGUAUAGCUGAGCAAAAAAAAAUUUUUUUUUUAAAGAUUGUAUUUGACAGAGACACAGUGAGAGAGGGAACACAAGCAGGGGGCAGUGGGAGAGGGAGAAGCAGGCUUCCCACAGAGCAGGGAGCCUGAUGUGGGGCUCGAUCCCAGGACCCUGCGAUCAUGACCUGAGCCGAAGGCAGACGCUUAACGACUGAGCCACCCAGGCACCCCAGCUGAGUGAAUUGUGAGAGAAUGCUGAUAGAACCACCCCCCGAGUCAAGAAAUAGAAUAUCACCAGUCCCCAAAGCCCACUCGUGUGCCCCCUCUUCAUCAGGGGGCACACGAGGGGGAACUGUAAUUCCCUCUAGGGGAAUUAACUCAAUUCCCCUAGAGGGAAUUACAGUUAAGUUUUGCCUGUGUUUGAACUUGACAUAAACAGAACCAUACAGUAUAAACUUGUGUCUGGCUUCUUCAUUUCACCAUUAAGUUUCUGAGAUUUGUCUAUGUCCUAGUAUGUGGUUGCAGUUUGUUCACCCCCAAAGUUGUGUGGGAUAUACCCUCAUUUACUCACUGCUGACGACCUCUCAGUUUCCAGUUCUUGUCUAUUAUGAACGGUGCCGUCAGGGACAUUGUUACCCAGGUUGUCUUGUGGCACACGUGCAUUAUAUUGGGGGUAUAUUCUCACGAGUGGAACUACAGGGUCGAAAGCCCACGCUCCAAAUAGUUUUGCCAAGUAGCUGUACCAAUGUACGCUCCCUCCAGUCAUGUUGAUUUCCAGCUCCUCCUUCUCUUUCCCAAAACGAUAUUGUCAGCUUUUUUUUUUUUUCAGUCAUUCUGGUUUGCCAUAGCAGUAUUUUAAGUUUGCAUUUCCCUGAUGGCUAGAGAGGUUGAGCACCUUUUCACUAGUUUACUGGCUAUUUGGAUCAUUUGUGAUGCACCUGUUCAAAUCUCUUGCCCAUUCAUUUGCUGGGUUGUCUAUCUUUUGUUGAUUUGUGGUAUGUAUGUGGCAUAGGAGUCCUUGGGUUGUCUAUCUUGCAGUAUCUUCUCCCAUCCUUAAUGUUGUCUUUUGAUGAAAAGACGUUCUUAGUUGUAAAGUAAUCCAUUUUUUCAGGACUUUGUGGUUAGUGCAUUUUGUAUCCUGUUAAUAAAAAUCUUUGCUUAAAGUAUGAA